ACAGAUGCAGAGUAUCCUUUACCACAACAGCAGUGGGACCGAGGCCUUCACAGGGCCCCUCAAGCAACGAGAGGUGCAUCGCGCAAUCACCCUCCACCCUAUCAAGAAUCACACGUAUCUCUACCGACUCCAUUAUUACGUCCAGAGUCUAAACAUCAAGUCCAAAGAAGCAGAAUUGGUGCGCACGAUAAGGGAACUAUACAAGACCAGCGAGGAAGUGGGGACAAUGAUGCCGAAUCUUGACUCACCUGCUAAGGGCGUCUUCCUCAACCACUUGAGUACAGAUGCAACCCUUCAGAAAUGGUCUCCAGAUCUAGAAGAGGAAGUCAAUGCAUGGGAUUUUGUGAGCAGGGCAGCUUUUUGCUUGGGAGACGCCAAUCCUCGCCACAAGCCAACUUCGGGAAUGAACGAGGGGCUAGAGGAUGUGAUAAGAGAGGUCAUGGAGAUCAUAAAUAAAGUUUCCAAAGAACGUGGAAGAGUGAUUGAUUUCAAAGAGAUACUGUAUGGAUAUAUCAGAUGGCACCCUAGUCAUUCCAUCGAAUAUAUCAUAGACAUGUUGUUACUCUAUAAAAAGUACCGAGGCAAGAAAAUGACAGUUCCUGUAAGGAGACAUGCUUACCUUCAGGUUCCUCUUGGGCCAUUAUACGUCCGUGAAUACGAAAGUCUCAGACCAGAGACAGACAUUGCCCCUACUUCAGGAAUCCAAGACUUUGUUGAAGUAGUGGUAAAGAAAAGUCUCAAGGAUUUUUCGAGCCUUCACUAUCAGAUCCCACAUGCAGGAUCGACAGCACAACAGAAACCAAAGAAAAUUCAUUUUAUCCUACCCCUUGCUGGUCGGUUUAGCAUCUUCCAAAGAUUUAUGGAUGAUUUCAAACGGGUAUGUCUAGAGGGAGAAGAAAAUGUGCGUUUAGUGGUGGUGUCCUUCCGCCCUCCCCCCGGCCAAGAGGACACGACGGAGAACGUUGAGGCUCUCAUUUCCAGUCUUCAGUUGGACUAUCCUCAUGUUCCUAUGAGUGUGCUACAGGCAAACACAAGUUUUGCUCGAGCUUUAGCCUUAGAGUUGGGUGCUGGCCAGUGCGAGGAAAAUGACCUGAUGUUCUUCAUCGAUGUGGACAUGACCUUCACUUCCGGUGCUCUUGAUAGAAUCCGAUUACAUACAGUGCAGGGAAUCCAGAUAUAUUAUCCUAUAGUUUUUAGCGAGUUUGAUCCAAGUGUAACAAGAAAGGGAAACAAAGACGAAACAUAUGACCACAAUUUGAUUGAUGAAGAAGUGGGAUAUUGGAGAGCAUUUGGAUUUGGAAUUGUAUCAAUGUACAAGUCUGAAUUGCUAACAGCAGGUGGUCUAGAUACUUCCAUUCUUGGAUGGGGUCAAGAAGACGUUGACCUAUUUGAGAAGGUGCUGAAGAAAAAAAUCCAGGUAUUUCGAGCAGCUGACCCUGGCCUAGUCCAUAUUUUCCACCACGUCGACUGUGAUCACAACCUCGUCACGAACCAAUACCAGAUGUGCCAAGGGACGAGAUACAGUACCUAUGGUGCUACACAUUCCCUCGCCAAAACCAUCAUUGACAAUCCAGAAAUCCUAGCGUACAAGAGACGAAACUCUUAGUCAUUAUUUUUGUAUAUCCAAUAAUUUAACAAGCGUUAUUUUUUAUAAUUUAUUGCCCCUCGAGGCUUACGUAGGUGAAUAAGGACAGUGAAAUCUCUCACUGUGUGGAGAAAAGGGAGACGUUCCUAUCUCACGGACAAGAGUAAUUGUCAUGACUUUUAGGUUUUAGGUUUUAUUCUUCGAAUCCAGAUUUUCUUCGACCAACUCCUCUUUUUAUGUACUGUUCGCUGAACUUAAGGAAGAAUGUUACCAUCCUUGGUUUAAUUAAUUUAAGAACAAACUCAGAGACGAAUGACAAUGCGCGAUGCAGCUGAUAUUUUAUUGAUAGCCAUUUACAUUUCCAUAUAUUUUAGGUUCAGAUAGUUAUAGGACUUGUUCUAAUUUUCUGCACUUUUACUAUUAUUGUCAUUUUUUCUAUUAUUAGUAUUAUUUUAUUUUAUUUAUUUAUUUUUUGAAUGUCAUUAUUCUUAUAUUAUUAUUAUUGUCAUUUUAUAAUG